AUGGAUGAUUCGGUGCCUGAUACUCCCAUUCGAGGAAGGAAGCCUGCUCCAGGCACCCCCGACGAAGAUGGGGACUACGAGACAAUCGCCACCUUGCCGGCGCAUACCCUGACUCCUUCCCAACGAUUGACCCAGGCAACGCAGCUUGUUGAUAUGCCUUACUCUCAUCCCAAUACGGUAAUCCAGGUCGCUGCCUCCUCACCCAUGGCCCCUGCUGCCUCCCCACCCACCCACCGAGCCCCCCGCGGAGGACUUUUAAGCUCCCUCAUGGCUCCCUCUGGCACAUCCUUCCGUCCCCCAGUUACCACUGUUCGCCCUACGAAAAGAACCCCAAACUUCGACAUGGAUGACGGUCCCACUUACCGAGGCGGAUCCUCUGACGACGACGAGAACCGCAUGGACAUCAAACCUGCCAUGUUUGAAAAGACUGCUCGAAGCCCUGAAAAAGUUGCCGAGUCGCCUGUACGCGCUGAAUCUCGCUCCCUGGAUCGCUUCAAGGAAAUCACUUCAUCUGCCAUGUACGACCCAACUGCGCCGGGUAUGAAGCGUUCUGCCGAUCAGAUGAGCCCAGCCGACGCCCCUCGCGGUGUUGCUACCAAGAAGCUCCGACAAGCUGCUCCCUCCCGCGCACAACCUGUGACUGCCCAUAUCUCGACCGUGCAGGACAUUACCGAUUUCCGGAUCCGAGUAAAAGUGGAGCGCAUUCUCAAGGUCAUGCCCACAAAGUCUGUACCAGAGUGCGUGGAGGCUCUUAUGGCGGCCAAUGGAAACUACGAUAUGGCCCUGGAUUUACUCGCCAAUGAACCUGCCCGCGCAAACGGAAAUGGAACCCGAAAUGCCGCUAUUGAAAUUGAGUCUUCGGAUGACGAGCUGAAUGCCGAGCCUGUCCGCAACAUGGGACAAACGGCCAAGCAGAAUAUCAAGGCCCGCGGUACCAUUCAGGAUAAAUGGGCCGCUUCAAGUUUGCCCGGUGCUUUUCUGAAGGAAGACGAGGUGAAGCCCCGCGGUCGUCUCAUGCGUGGCAGAAAACGGAAUUCUCCAGCCCUCUCCGAUGCCAUCAUAAUCGACUCGGACGAUGACUCGCUCCCAACGAAGAAGCCACGACGUCUCCAGAAUGGCCCUCCCCGCGCCCGGUCUCUCACCCCGGAAGCUGUCCUGACAGAUUCGGAUGAUUCGGAUGUUAUCGACGAAAAUGCAUCUGCUGGAGACCUGGACCAAAAGGUCCUACGAUUCUUCAACACCUGCCAACCCCACGAUCUCGCCGAUAUUGCCUCGAUCCCUCAAGAGACCGCCGAGCUCAUUACCUCGCAGCGCCCAUUCACCAGUCUGGGCCAGGUGCGCGAGGUCAGUGCCCCCGUGGAUGAGAAUGCCAAGCCCAAGGGCAAGGGCCGCGGCCGCAAGCCUCCCAAGCCCAUCGGCGACAAGAUCGUCGACAAGUGUUUGGAUAUGUGGACUGGGUACCUGGCAAUCGACGCCCUCGUCGCGGAAUGCGAGGCGCUGGGUAAGCCGGUGGCCGAAGAGAUGAAGAAGUGGGGUGUGGACAUCUUCGGCAAGCGAGGUGAUGCUGAGCUGGAGCUCAUGAACCUGAGUGGCUCUCACGAUUCGGGGAUUGCAACACCUUCCUCAAGCCACCAAUCUCCCGACGAGGAUGAUUCGGACGAUGAGAUUCGACCUGUGGUCAAAUCUCGAAAGUCUCAAUCGAGUGGUCAGUCUGGUCUCAUCUCACAGCCAUCCAUCAUGUCCAAGAACUUGGUCUUGAAGGAUUAUCAGAUCGUCGGUCUCAACUGGCUGGCGCUGCUGUAUGAGAAAAAGAUGAGCUGCAUCCUCGCCGAUGAAAUGGGCCUUGGCAAGACCGUUCAGGUCAUCUCCUUCCUCUCGCACCUCUACGAAAAGGACAUCAAGGGCCCUCACCUGGUAGUUGUCCCUUCCUCCACCCUUGAGAACUGGCUUCGCGAGUUCAAAAACUUUUCUCCGAAGCUCAAGGUCCAGCCUUACUACGCACGUCAUGAUGAACGUGCCUCCCUUCGCGAUCAGCUGGAGAAUGAUCGUGACUCGAUCAACGUGGUGGUGACUACCUACACCAUCGCCAAGGCUAAGGUGGAUUCAAAGUUCCUUCGUGAGAUGGAUUUCAGUGUUUGCGUUUACGAUGAAGGGCACAUGUUGAAGAAUUCGCAGUCCCUUAUGUACGACAAACUCAUUCGCAUCAAGGCCGAGUUCCGAUUGCUCCUUACGGGUACCCCGCUGCAGAACAACCUGCAAGAGCUGGCCUCCCUGCUGGGCUUCAUGUUGCCGGGAGUCUUCAGACAACACAAGGAUGAUUUGCAGGCGGUCUUUGCCAACAAAGCAAAGACGUCUGACGAAUCGCACGCAACUCUCCUGUCCGCACAGCGUAUUGAGCGUGCGAAGUCCAUGCUGAAGCCCUUUGUCUUGCGCAGAAAGAAGACACAGGUUAUUGACCUGCCCGCGAAGCACUCCUACGUCGAGUACUGCGAUAUGAAACCAUCGCAGCGGGACAUUUAUGACCAUGAAAAAGAUCAAGUCCGCCAGCUCCUCGAGGACCGUGCUGCUGGCAAGAAGACUGGCUCGAAAUCCGCCAAUAUCCUCAUGAAGCUCCGCCAAGCCGCUAUCCACCCCCUGCUCGCCCGGCGUCACUACACUGAUGCCAUUCUUAAGAAGAUGGCUAAGAGCUGUCUGAAAGAAGAUAAAUGGGCCCUCUCCGAUCCAGCCGUCAUCGAAGAGGAGUUGCAGGCUUACAACGACUACGAAUGCCACAACAUGUGUUUGGAGAACCCAAACUCGCUCGGCAAAUACAAGCUCAAGAAUGAGGAAUGGAUGGACUCGGGCAAAGUCGAAAAGCUCCGUGAAUUGCUCACCCGUUUCGUCGCGAAUGGUGACCGCACCUUGGUCUUCUCGCAGUUUACCAUGGUCAUGGACAUCCUCGAGAACGUCCUCGAGACUCUUCAGAUGGACUUUGUCCGCCUAGACGGCCGCACCAAUGUCCAAGAUCGCCAGUCCAUCCUGGACGCGUUCCACGACCGUAAGGAAAUCCCCGUCUUCCUCCUCUCGACCAAGGCUGGUGGUGCAGGAAUCAAUUUGGCCUGCGCCAACAAGAUCGUCAUCUUCGACUCCUCCUUCAACCCCCAGGAGGAUGUCCAGGCUGAGAACCGUGCUCACCGCGUCGGUCAGACUCGCGAUGUUGAGGUGUUCCGCUUCGUCACUCGCGAAACUAUUGAGGAGCAAAUCUACGCCCUCGGCCAGACCAAGCUGGCACUUGACCAGGCCGUUGCAGGCGAUGACGAUGGCGCCGGCAAGAAGACUGAGGAAGCUGGCAUGAAGGCCGUGGAGAGCAUGGUCCUUGCAGACAUUGAGAAGAAGGAGACUGUGGAGGAGGAGAAGUAG